GAAAGAGCUAGGAGGGUGACAACGAUACUGCAUUAGCAGAUCACUGGACUGAGGCUGUAGUGUAAUCCAAACGGACAAUGUUGGUUAUGCUAGGGCUAGACCAAUGAAGCAGAGACGGCAUGGGGUUCGUCUCGCAAACAAGGCUGGAUACAUAUCUCACUAACGAAGUGCUUCGUCUCCUGCCAGUUGAGAAUGGCUUGUGAUAGAGUCGAAUACAAUCUAGAAAAACAAAAGCUGUCGUUUGUCUCGUUGAAGAAGAGAGGGAAUAUGACUAAUGAAGCAAUGUGUUUCCAAAACGUGUGGCCGGCCGUAUUGAUGGUGCCUUCCGUUCGACUUUCGAAGCGAUUCACGGGUCAAUGACGUAAGAAGAGUAUUUGUUUGAAAACGCAGCGUAUGACACCCUCUUCUCCUCCGAAAGCUUUAGACCCGCGGGUACCACGGACAGCACGUAUCCACACCAUACUGACGAAGUCGCUAACGGCGGCCGUGCGCAAGGAAUUUUCUACUCGUAACAUGCACACAUCGGAAGUUCAUCCAGCAGCCGCUGCGCUUCUGGGUCGAAUGGUUUCCCAAUAUGUCACUGGGAUGGAGUCGUUUAUUGUCUUCAUGAACCAUCCUUGGUGCCAGCAUUUCGCUGUUCACAAGACGCUGUAACUAAUUGACACUGUGCCUUAUGGUUCAGCGUUUAUAUCCCUCGAAACGAACAACUCUCCACUUGAAGAGACAUAUGCAUCCAUAACAUCUUUCAUCCUAACAUACGCGACUUCAUCGCAGUACAGAGUUCUGCAUGAUUGCCCAGAAAAGUCCGUGCAUCCAACAAAUUCGACGAUACGCGUUCCCUCUGACUGUUUGAGCACGUUGUGUACUCAAAAGAGAACUUGAUGGGUGUGAAACCGAAAGCCUGGCCGGGCAGGUAUGAAAUUCAAGCCAGGCUAAAGGACAGCAAAAUGAUGAAACACACUGCACACGAAUUACCACGUCACAUCUGGUCCCCGAUCUCCAUGUGAAGUCGAGUACCUUCAAUGACCACAGCAAAUAAGAAUCCGACAGAAUGACCAAAUAACGACAAUACCCGGUGUGCCAGUGGGCUGUCGUUGCUGGUUUACCAACUCCGACGCAGUUUUCCCUUUUCUGGUAGCUGAUUGCUUCAGGUACGUACAAACCCGCAAAGUCCUGCGUUUCCUCAAGUCUGUCUCGACCUGGAAAACAGGGGGGUAACAAAGCAAUUCUCUCCACCUGCAAGUCCAGCGCAAUCUUGCAUUACUCUAGACGUCGCAACCUGAUCCUUGACAUCUCGAGUGAAUCAGGUUGCCACGAAAACCACUCGACCCCAGUAAAAUACCUCUGAAGGAAAGAGCUAUCAAACGCGGUUCUUUCACAAACGAUUCAUCCAUGACACUCCUCUCAUCACCAAGCUGUCAGCCGUCGUUGACCCGAGCAGAGAGACCCCUGUGUGCUUGAUCACCACGGAUUCCGCCUCGCGAGGUUGAAGACGUGCUCCGUUCUGCAGCCUUGUUCGCGUCGGCGAUAAGUUUCUGCAGCCCCUCUCGUCUGGCUCGUGCCCUUUUAUGGGAAGAGUGCCACUCUAGAAACUUCUCAUUUACAUACUCCUCGUCGCGAGCAGACUCUCGGUCAUUCAAGUCGUUUUCAUACGCCAGGGGCCGGGUGCCCAGGAAGAGUAAACGCGUCGGAGGGAAAGACACGAGGAACAAGCUCAGCAACCAGCUGUUGAGAAAUUUAAAACUCCCGUAAAGGGGAGGGACUUCCACAGGGCCAGGUAACUUGGCGUCCAUCUCCUCUCUUUCCUCUGCAUCUGUUUCCCCCGUCUUCUCGUGCCCGGCCACCUCGGCGCUGCUGUCACUGGUUUGACUUCCAGCGACAUGUUCAGCUAUUUCUGACAGAGCAACAGUGGCCACUAGGACAAGAAAGAGCGACACCGACGACACGUGAGUUCUGCCGUUGCCACCCAUAGUCGAAAAACUGAAGAAAAUGUCCGUCACACUGCAGCUGGAUCAGAGGCACCACAACAGAGGCAGCGACCGAAAGAAACCAGCCCCUCAAGAAGAUAAAGGACAGACACUUGCCCGGGGAGAUAACGUCAAUUCGUAACUAUGAAACAACCACCGAAGAAAAGAACCGCCAGCAUAUGUGCUACUCCGGGAUCUCCAUCUCGCGUCUCUGACUGACGCUGUCUACGUGCUCACAUAACGCGCAUGCUCGUGCAAUAAAAUGCUCACAUUGCUUGUGACCCUGAAUGCUACUGUAAACCCUUCUCUUCCCAGUUAUUUCUGCACCUACAGUGCCUCCUGUGGAGUGCUGAGAGGUUUAGUAAUGAGGAAUGCAGUCACCGUCGCUGCCCGCCUUUUCCCGGAUUGUUUGUUGGCGGGAGACGCUCGAUGCCGUCGACGUCCGUGUCGCAUCCCGGUGGCGGUGUUACUUCCUCGCUUAACUCCCUCGUGGAAACUUUUUCGAGUCGAGACUUAGGGUUGAUGGCAGUUAAUCUUUGACCGAUCCGUACUUUGAGAUUUAACAGCCAGAUGAGUGAUGCAGAAGCUGCGCUGUAGGCGAAGCAAAAACCGGAAGGGGUUCCAGGGUUCGCGGUGUAGCAUAGAAGAAUCGUCAGGGCCUGACGCGAGUUGUGUCGUUCCGGUACAUAUCGGGUAGGAUACCUGAAGCUGACUUCCAUCCUCAAGAGCGCUCUUCCAUUCAGCGGAACUGGGAGCAGAGAGCAGCCAGUUUACGCGGCUGCUACCGCCGAUUGACAAACCGCCGCAGUUCCGCCGCUUUUGUUUGCCGACUUGAGUGUGCACCGAUCACUUGACUGCCACCACAUGCACGCAGAUGAGGGUGGGAGGCAAUACACUGGGAAACUGACUUACGGAAAUCGACACUUGCGAACUGCGCGUGUGAACGCCACGCUGACGCGAAACACUGCGCCGAUUUGCACUCAGUCUCUAGCUCACUUCCCGGUGUUUGUACACCCGAGAAACUGGACAGAAAUCGCUUUCAGUUGGGACUUUUCCGGUCAGACAUCCGUUGAGUGACCCUCCAACGGCGCUUUCCCCCAGUUGGCGGGUCCGCAAAAAGCGUACUUUUGCCAACCACCACCCCCCUGUAGCCCCCCCUCCGCAUUCGCAAGUCGAUCGGGGGAAAAGCCCUGGAGGUUCACCGAUUCUUCUUCGAUCCGUGACCGUCCGACUGAGUCAAUAUCUAGAACCUUUCCGUUUCCUUCACGCUCAGCAAGUCUGUUGCAGAGACUCGCUUUUCCCAACUGCUCUUGCGGCCAAGACUUCCAGGGGCCCUCUGCUUCCCCGUGUGUGUUCCUGGUCGCUGUAGCGGCGGGGCAGUUCUGCCAGUCCCGCCGGGGACUCCAAGCGAAAUUCCUAUCUCUCCGAUUCAGAACGUUUUCUGCGGAAGCAUAAAAACGCGGGUUGACCUGCCGUUUCCACAUAUCCGUCCGUUAUUUUCGCGCCACAAAAUCGUUGGGCGGACGCACCCUUUCCCGACCCCGUGUCUUCGGUGUCUUCCCUGCUUGUCCGCCGGCGUUCCCGUGUUUCGGUACUCGACUCCAUUGUCUUUGAAACAUUGAAAUUCUUUCUUCUCCACCUUAGACUCCAGGUUCGCCUCCUUGGCGGAAGCCACAGUUGCUCAACUUGCCGGUAUCAACUAGUCGCGCCGCGCUGCCCAGUGAGUGUGCAAGUCUUCUCACCCCCGAACCUGAGUACCGAAAUUUGCGGCGAAACUCUGCAGGAUUCCGCCCGUUUGCGUUCCAGCUUCUCCCGCCGAAAUGUAUGCGUUUCCCGUCACUCGCGCUAUUUCUUGAACCCCCGACUGAAAAGUGUGCACGCUUGCCGACGCCGAGUCUCCCUCCUGCGUACAGUCCUGAAUUGCUCGUCGACCACGCCGCGCGUCUCCUCGCUUUCGGGCGUACCCUUCUCGAAACCCUGGCCCCUCCCUCGCCUCGCUCGACGGGCAUUUCCUGUGGCUUUUUGCUCGACAAAAAACACGAAAAUGGCGUCCUACGUGACAGACGACUUCGACCGGCCAGAGCCGGGAGCCCCUGGCGCCGACACCACCGAGGGCGGCGAGGAAGACAUGACCAUGACGAUGUCUGGACACCCAGGCAUGAUGGGAGAAACUCUCGAGUUCCAGACAAACAGCAUGCGUCGAGGCGGGGCAACAAACAAGCAGGGUGGACUCCGAACGAGAGUCAUUUCCACCAUGUCCGAGGGCGGCCUCGAGUCUGCAGAAGGCGCGCUCGUCAACUACGAAGAAGAAGUGAAGCUACAGAGACAGCUCGGCGAGGAAAGCAACAUCGAACGAGGUCGACGCAUGAAGGAUCUCAGCAACGCCUUCAAAAGAGACCUCGAGAGUGUCCCGGCCGUCCGUCAACAACUGGAUCUUUUGCAGAACCGUGCUGCGGCGAUUGUGUCGGGCCUGGAAUCCUCAGCCCAGUCGAAGGAACAGAGUGGCGACGACGACGGCGCCUUGGCCGGCUCGGCUGAGACCUGCAACCAGAGACUGCAGCUGUCGAUUUCUCUGCUCGUUCAGAUGGCUGAUGCCGUCUCUUUCUACGACCAUCCUCUGAUCAGAAAUCCGUGUUUCGCUCUCCCUGCUCUGGAGACUGCCGUCCAGGAAGUCUGGAGGGAACGAGGUGCUCUGGGACCGGCUCCGCGCGUAGGGAUUCUUGGCUGGCUGGGUCACGACCAUGUGACGCCUCGCGGACUGAACAGCGGCAAAGUGAAUCGCCUGGUUUGUGUCGAGGGCGUCGUCAACCGCUGCACCGCAGUGCAGCCGAAACUCUCUCGAGCGGUCUAUGUGAACGAAAUGCAGGGAGGUCAGGCGCUUCCCGGUCCUGAAGACUCGGAGGAAAGCCAAGAGAGACAGGUCUACGUUCGCGCUUUCUACGAUGUCGCGAACCUCGACAAAGACAUCCGAGACACGCAGCCCCCCCCGGAGCGAGAUCCGACGGGUCUGCGGGUGAAUCGCCAGGAGCUGGGCUAUUCGUACUUCAAGAACGUACAGCGUUUCUUUGUGCAGGAGGCGCCGGAGACGGCGCCGACGGGGCAACUGCCGCGCUACGUCGAGGUGCUCGUCGAAGAAGAUCUUUGCGACAGAGUCAAAUGUGGAGACCGAGUCCGCGUCUGGGGCGUCUACAGACCGCGGAUGGGUGCGACGAACGGCACCAGCAGCGGACUGGUUCGUCCUUUCCUCAUUGCCAACAACAUCCAGGUAUUGACGGUUGCGGCGCGGGCGUCGCUGAUUCGCAACUUGCCGUCGGACUUGGAGAACCUGCGCAUGUUUGCGCGUCGACCAGACCUUCUGUCGGUGCUCACGCGCUCCUUCGCUCCGUCGAUCUGCGGCCAUGAGCUGGUGAAGCGCGGGCUGCUGCUGCAGCUUGCAGGCGGCAUGGAGCGCGUCUCGAGCGUCCACCGAAUUCGCGGGGACAUCCACGUGUUGCUGGUGGGGGAUCCGAGCGCGGGGAAGUCGCAGCUGCUGCGGUUCGUCUUGAACCUGAUCCCCGGAAGCGUGAGCGCGACCGGCCGAGGCUCGUCCGGCGUUGGGUUGACUGCGGCCAUCGUGACGGACCAGGAGACUGGCGAGCGUCGCGUGGAGGGCGGCGCGAUGGUCAUGGCCGACCGGAGCGUCGUCUGCAUCGACGAGUUCGACAAAAUGCUUGCAGGCGAUCGAGUUGCGAUCCACGAAGUCAUGGAGCAGCAGACGGUGACGGUGGCGAAGGCAGGGAUCCACACGACGCUCAACGCGCGGUGCUCCGUCCUCGCGGCCGCGAAUCCUCUGUACGGAUGCUGGGCCGACGACAUGGACUACAAGCAACAGCUCACAUUCGAGGACUCUCUCAUGAGUCGAUUCGACCUCAUCUUCAUCGUCAGAGACAGCGCAACCACGGCAGAAGAUGAACGCCUAGCGACAGCAGUUCUGCGAAACGUCACAGAGAAGGCAAAGCCGGUGUCUGCGGCCGGCGAGGAGAGAAGGAGCUUGGAGAACUGCCAGGUGCAGCCACACAGAGACAUGGCACAGGAGCAGACAGAGCAAGAAGAAGAAGAAGCCUCGACGAAGAUCUUCUGUCAGCGAAGCGAGAUGGCUUAUCUGGACAAAGCCGGCCGCGAACAUGAAGUGUUGACGACGGACUUUCUGAAAAAGUACAUCCAGUAUGUGCGGCGCUGUCGAUUCGAGAAGGACGAGGACUCUGACGAGACUGGGGAGCUGGAGAAGACGACUGAAGCGAAGGGUCCUCAACUGUCGGACGACGCUGCGCAAGCCAUCAUCCAGUUCUACUCGAACAUUCGCGACAGAUGUUUCUCGCAGGGCGUUGGAACCGGUGCGAAGGCGAACGGCGGCGGAGAGUUCAAUGGAGGUGCCAUGCUGCGCCCCGUCACCGCGAGAACUCUGGAGGCCGUCGUGCGUCUCGCCACUGCGCAUGCGAAACUGAAGAUGCAGAAAUGGGUCACUCCCGACGAUGUGAGAGUGGCGAAAGGCAUGAUUCUUUACACGUUGUUCGGAGAAGAACCUGACGAGGAGGACAGCGACUCCGAGAGUGAGGAAGAGGAAGGCGAAGAUGAUGAAGAAUUUAUUGCUCCUCGGUCUGUGCGCAGAGCCGCCCACAGCCACGCAGAGGGAGACGAAGGCGAAGAAAGCCUGACAGAUAAAACGAGAAGCAAGCGGCAGCGCGGAGGCGCGAACCGCAACAGGGCUGCAGAGGACGCUGACGAAGGAGAAGAGAUUGCCUCCCAGCUUCAGUCGCUCGACCUGUCGGAUGGAUCGAAGAAGAAACGCCGGACGCGCGGACAGACUGGGAAGAACGCGACUGCGACAGGCAGCGUGGAGAAACUUGCUGAAGUUCACGAUCAAGCGAAAAGGAAGGACUCGAUUCACCAAUGGAUCAUUUCCGCUCUGCAAAGAAACGAAGAUGGCAGCGGCGUGGAGGUUUCUCAGCUGUUCACUCUGGUUUCAGAGAAGGCGAAGGCGGCAGGGAUGAAGGACUUCACCGAAGCCGAAAUGCGACAAGAACUCACAGAACUCGACAGCCGAGACUCGGCGCCUCUCUUGUUCCAUGGCUCGCGCGUUUACGAGUGUUGAUUGGCUGUUGCGGACCUGGUCGACCGUCCGUUUGGCGCGUUCGCUCGAUCGCGUUUUUCCUCCUCCAGAGGAAGGUUCUCGUCACGAACUGAAGCCUCUACUUCUCUCAGCCGCUGUGGCGACGAGCGUCGCACGAACCCAGCCGUUUCCGGCGAACGUCGAAUUGCGGCCUGGCGCAACCUGGGCCUCUCAUGCAGAUCUUCAGCGUCUUCGUUGGCCGUCCGGAGUUCGUUUUUCGGUGUUGGAAAAAGCGCCAGAAAGCGUGGAAACAGACACACGCGCGCUGUGUGCGGGCAGAGCAAUGCAUGGUGUGGCGCGGCGGCAAGCCCAGGUGUUGUGUGAAGACUUUCGCCGACCUGGUGGGAUCUUUCUUUUUCUCUUCUUGACUUUCUUCUUCAAGCGGCGAUCACCUUCGACCUGGGUGGGCGUCCAGUGCCCCGCGGAAAACGGAGAGGUGGAGCCAACGGAGUUCUUCGGACGGCGUCUUCUUUCGCACCGCCUGCCGGGGGACAGAGGCCUGGUCGAUCUCGUCUGGUCUCGUCGCAUCGAGGGAACUGACGCAACCCCCUGCACACAGCGACUGCGCUGAUGACUCGCGGACCAAGACUGCAGAGCCGCGUCGAGAUCCUUUGCCGUUUCCGAGUGUGUAGUGCAGGGGUGUUCAUCGGUUUGUGUGUGCCGAGGUGCUUCGGCAUACGAGCAGCAGACGAGAACAACUUUCUCUCCCAUGUGGACCCAGCGCAUCAUAAGAGACACGAGCUCGCUAUAUUAUUGGACAGAGGGGAAGCUCAAACAUGCAGCUUUGCUUCUUUUGAAACGCAUCUGUUUCACUCACUAAGGCGAGCAUGCGACACAGAGAGAAGAAACGUCUGGCACUCGCGCUGAAACCAGGCCCAUGUAGUGCGUCGCGAGCCUGGAAACUUCGGACUGGCUGUCACGAGACUCCACUCGUCCCUCAGCAGGGUUGUUCACGCACUCUCGUCUCUUGUACCGUCCAGUUUCUUUCCUGCAAAAGAGCCACCCUGUUCUUUUUGCGGUUCUGCAGUUUGCGAGUGCCGAGCUCGCAAGUUAUAUACGCUGUGCGCGGCAUCGAGCCUCACAGCGCUGUGCCGAGAAGAGCUCCAGAUUGCCGCGUGUCUUCUCCUGGGAAAAGGAGUUGUUGGACUGUGUUUCGUCCGAACGCCUAGCGCCUUUCCUCGCGCGUUCGGCCUCUACUAGUUGUGCUCUCGCAAAGCAGCUGCGUGUCAUGAAGGCUUCCCUCCAGAGGGAGACUCGAGAAGAACGCCAAGAGCUAGCGGGGACCGCGCUCGGAGUGUUGUGGGGUUGUGAGAGGGCGGCGUCAACUUUUUUGUGCAAACGACGUCUGCGCAUGUGAUGUGGGAAGUGAAAAAGCUCUAGCGGACUGAGGGUGCGUGGCUCGUCUGUGUGUCGACGUGUGCAGUGAACUUUUUCGCAAACGCGUUCUGCGUUUAACUCCCUCGACCCGGCCUCGGCGGGCCAGACGCAGGCUCCGAAACCGGAGUUCACGCAACAGACCCGCGCACUAGAAUCAUCGGUCUGGCUGAGGAACGGAAGGUGUUCCGUCCUUCAGCGCAACGCGGGGAAAGUUGACAAGUCGAAACAGCUUUUUUCUGUAGAGACGCUCGAGAGG